AUGGUGGUUGUCUCAGCUGCAGUUCUCCUUGGAGGAUGGCUCUUGUCGGCCUUCAGUGCAGUUCUCCUCCUGUCCUGGGCCCUGGCCCCCAAAGGGCUGUGUCUCAGAAGGGGCAGUGGCCCAAUGCCAGGGGUGCAGGCAGCUGCAGCCACUGCCACCAUUGUGGACCUGCUGGUUUUCCCCAUCAGCCUGGACUCCCCACUUGCCAAGGAAGCCUGUGGAACCUCCUCUGUGUACUGCAAUGGCCAGUGCCUGCUGGGCUGGGGCUAUGUAACUGCCAUCUUCAGCGCAGUCCUGGCUAGCUUUCUGCCUAUGAUUGGGUGGCCCCGCAUGACUCAGGUCCAGGGGAGGACCAUCCUCUUCUCCAGUGACACUGAGAAAAGCAUCCUCAUACCAGAAAUGAACAAAUAAAAAUUUCCCAAGAGGAGAAAAAAAAA